CGGCGCAUUCCUGGGAUGCCGCGAGCGUUGGCCGCGGCCGCUGCCCGGAACGCGCGACGUCAGCGGCCCCCGCGCCCCCUUAUAAAGCGGCGGCGGCGGCGGCGGCCCCAGAGCGCAGUCAGCGCAGCCACCGCCAUGGGAGCGCCGCCGGCCGCGCUCGCAGCAGCCAUCCUCUGCCUCGCACCGCUGGCUCUGGGCUCACUCUGCCCUGCCGUCUGCCAGUGCCCGGCGACUGUCCCGCAGUGCUCCCCGGGCGUGGGGCUGGUCCUGGACGGCUGCGGGUGCUGCAAGGUCUGUGCCAAGCAGCUGAACGAAGACUGCAGCCGGGUGCAGCCCUGCGACCACACCAAGGGGCUGGAGUGCAACUUCGGCGCCAGCCCCGCAGCGCUGAAGGGCAUCUGCAGAGCCCAAUCCGAGGGGAGACCGUGUGAAUACAACUCCAAAAUCUACCAGAACGGCGAAAGCUUCCAGCCGAACUGUAAACACCAGUGUACGUGCAUAGAUGGAGCUGUGGGCUGCAUCCCGCUCUGCCCGCAGGAGCUCUCGCUGCCCAACCUGGGCUGUCCCAGCCCCAGGCUGGUCAAAGUCCCCGGGCAGUGCUGCGAAGAGUGGGUCUGCGAUGAAAGCAAGGAUGCGCUGGAUGAGCUGGAAGGCUUCUUCAGCAAGGAGUUUGGGCUGGAUGAUUCCGAAGGUGAACUAACCAGGAACAACGAGCUCAUCGCCAUCGUGAAAGGAGGCCUGAAAAUGCUACCAGUUUUUGGAUCUGAGCCACAAAGCCGAGCUUUUGAGAAUCCCAAAUGCAUCGUGCAAACAACCUCCUGGUCCCAGUGCUCAAAGACAUGUGGAACCGGCAUCUCCACGAGGGUUACCAAUGACAAUCCCGACUGCAAGCUCAUCAAAGAGACCAGGAUAUGUGAAGUCAGGCCGUGUGGCCAGCCUAGCUAUGCCUCCUUGAAGAAAGGAAAAAAAUGUACCAAGACUAGGAAGUCCCCAUACCCAGUGAAGUUCACCUACGCUGGAUGCUCCAGCGUGAAGAAGUACCGCCCCAAGUACUGCGGCUCGUGCGUGGACGGCAGGUGCUGUACGCCUCAGCAGACCAGGACUGUCAAGAUCCGGUUCCGCUGCGACGAUGGAGAAACCUUCACCAAGAGCGUCAUGAUGAUCCAGUCCUGCCGAUGCAACUACAACUGCCCGCACGCGAACGAAGCUUACCCCUACUACAGACUAGUCAACGACAUCCACAAAUUUAGGGACUAAACCAUCUCGGGGGUGGGAUGCUAAACCCAAGUGUGAAGUAACCAGCCGUGGAGAAAGGACCUUGGAUGGAAAUGGUGCCUUGCCCAGUUGAGGGCAACAUUGAGAUGUUAGAAGAGUGCACUGUGCAACUGGACACUAACGCAACAGAGAUUUUAAGCAUACUUAAAGCUUCAUAGUACUGGAGCAACUUUACUGCUUCUUUUUGGAGCACCUUAUCGAAUGAUAUACUGUUUUCUGUUUGUAAGUGAUCAGAUAAAUGUCUCGUUCCGGUUUUGAAACCUUUUUUUUUUUCUCCUAUCCUGUCCAAUUUAACACUACGCUUCUCCCCUCCUCCCUCCAUCUUCUCCCACCCUUUCCCAACCAAGUUGGAAGUUACAUUCCUUCCUGAGGUGGGCACUUGUGGGGUGUUCACAGUGGCAGCUAUUAUGUACCAACUGUAGUUUAACGGCAAACAGAAAUCAGUUGUUUUAAAGCUGAGUAUUUUAUUUAUCAAACUGUAGCGGUUUUGUUUGGUUUUUUUUUUUUUCC